AUGGAUGACGAGUAUGCAGACACCCUGAGUACAGAGUUGCUUCCGGUAGUUAUUGGAUUCUUGUUAAACUGCAACGCUAACCGAUCCCGUAGUUGGGCGCCACAUGGGAAAAUAUUCCCGUCCUUGGUCGAGUUUGAUUUGUUCACGAAAUUGUCGAAACGUGACACUAUAGCACUAAAAGUCAACAUACCUCCAUCCGAGCUGGCUGAUACUAGAAAAUUUAUUAGAUUCCAAAAUGAAGAUGAUCCCCUUGCCCUUAAUUAUCGUCCAGCUGGGUUAACUGGUCUACCUGUCUCAUUAUGUAAUGACAUCCUGGCCAAGUUUCAGGAUAAUGCUAAUGGCAGCAUUGAGUUGGUUGAAGAGGACAUUGUAUUUGUUAGGAACCUUUCAAAUGAGAUGUGCUCCAUUUUUGAUGAUGAGGCUGAGAGGAGAGACUGUUUCCAUAAACUAGUAGGUCGUUAUUUCUCCAGAGUGUUUGACAUCCAUACCUUUGGAAAUAAACGAGGAACAGAUGGCAGUCUUAUGUUUACAAAGGGCAACUUCCAAGUACCUCUGCUGAACUUAGAGGUGAAGCCAGAGCUUGGGAUGGGAAGUGGGUGUCCGUAUGUGCAAUCAACUGCCUAUUACGUAGAAUUUAUCAAGAAAUUAAAAGACAGUAAUAGCUCUGUAAUUACCCAAUCUCGAUUUCCAGUAUUUUUGAUGUAUUUAGCAGGGCCAUACCUGGGUGUAGCUGGGGCUGUGUUUCUGACAACACCAGUGUGUGAACCUCUCACACCUGUAAUGCCCCUCUUCUAUCGUCCUCACCAUGAAGACAUGUUACUGAGGACUGCUUGUGUGCUCAAAGCUUUGAAGAUAGCCCUCAAUGAUUUGGAAAUAUUCUAUGACCAGCUGAGCCAUGACAGCAAUAUCAAACUGAGUCAGCAGAUAUCUUUUCCAUACAUUAGCAAAAUGAAUAUUGGGCAGGUUGUUGCCAACAUCAUCUAUGUCAAGAAGUUAGAUCGUUAUAUUUUUCAAGCAAAAAUGGAACAUGAUAAUGGAUUAUCUCAACAUGUGAUUGUCAAGUUUGCUAAGAGAUAUUCUGAGGAGUGCCAUAGCACUUGUCAGGGACUGGGAAUUGCACCAAGACUGUUUUCUUGUAAAUGGAUUCCUGGUGGUUGGUGUGUUGUGGUUAUGGAACAACUGAUGGGAUAUGGAUCACUAUCCUCUCUUGCUCAAGACAAAAAGCUAUCAAUACAGAAGAAAACAAUGGAGUCAGUAAAGAAAAUGCAUAACCAGGGUUUUGUGCAUGGUGAUAUGAGACUUUCAAACAUCAUGACUGGUCCCAAUGAUUCAGUAAAGAUAAUAGACUUUGAUUGGUCUGGUAAGGUUGGAGAGGCUGUUUACCCACCUCUCCUGAAUCCAGAUAUUGAUUGGCACCCUGAUGUCAAAGCUGGAGCAAAAAUUCUGCCAGAUCAUGACUUGUACAUGCUAAAUAACAGCUUCAAUAGUGUAUGA